UUAGCUUUUUGAUUGAUGGAAACUGCGAAACUAAUAAAAAAUAUCACCAAAAAACCUGCCGAAAGAGAUGCAAAUAAGUGUAUUAACAAGGACUAACAACUUGAAAAACAGUACKGCCCUAUUAAAUUGCUGGUAGCAAUAUGUUUUAUAUACAUUUUUCAUCAAUUGGCAAUGACAUAUUUGCACUGAGAAUUGAUUGACCGAACAAGUGUGCAAAUAACUUAUGCCGAAUAUGAAAUUUCUAACUUAACACGGACUGUGCGACAUCAUCUGAGACAGCUUAUCUAUAAACGGAAAUUGUUUUGGAAGCAAAAUACUCUGUUCACUUAUUAUUUCUGUUCAGCUUUAGAAGAAUUAAUGAUUUUAUACCCAAGUUACAGCAAAAAGAGAGACGAUUGAUGUCCGUCGAAAGGUGAUGUAUGAUGUUGGGUUGGUACAACAAAUACUGUCUGUAUUUCACGUCGCUGAUUGCCACUGGACAGGCAAACUGUAUACAUAUACAAACAUCUUUCAUCUCCAUGAUCAGACUGUAGUAUUAACAGAAUUCACGUCGUCCUGUUCCAUACUGGAGGAUAGAAGWAAUAGACUGGUAUCAGCGGGCGGUGAAAGUGCCCUUCAACUCCUGAUCAAGAAUAACUCUAAACCAAAGUACACAUAUUAAAUAAUAUCUCCAGAUAUGAACAAUACCACCUCCACGCAGCAGCCAUCGUCUGUCCAUCCAGAUCUCCUGACGACUGUUCAGCUUGUGUUUUAUGCUGUCCUUUUCUUCCUGGGAGGGGUGGGGAAUAUUUUGGUACUUCUUGUUAUAAGAGCCAAGAAACGAAUAACUCGCAGAAACAACGACUAUUUUAUCUUCAAUCUCGCAGUUGGUGAUAUUCUGGUGCUAUUUGUGAGCAUUCCUGUUGACUUCUAUGUGAAGCUGUUAAACGUGCCCUAUGGAUAUGUCAUCUGUAAGUUCUUAUGGCCGUUGAUGACAUCUGGACUACUCGCUAGCAUCUUUACGCUAACGUGUAUGGCGGUCGAAAGGGCACGUGUUGUGUGUAAACCAAUAGCGCCAAAGCUACAAGGUAUGCAACUGCUGGCGGUUAUUCUUAUGAUGUGGAUUGCGGCUGUCAUUUGUGUACUACCGCUGGCCAUAGUUGCUGUCCCCGAUGUAAAUUCUGGGGCAUGUCAUGAAAAGUGGCCAUAUAUGGUCAUGAGGAAGAUUUAUACUGCUGCCCUGACUGGUAUUCAGUAUAUAAUACCACUAGUCAUCAUAACCAUUGCAUACUCUAUGCUGUCAUAUCGUUUAAAAGUGAGUAGACAAUUCCGUAUUGACAGUAUCGCCACGAGUGAGUACAGCAUCGAAUACAGACAAAAUAUUAUUGACAAACAUCGAAAUGAAAGCUCCAAAAUCAACAAAAACUUGCGUACGAUUGUGAUACUAUUCGCGAUUUUCAUAUUACCCAAACAAGUGGUCUGGUUAUGGCUUGACUUUGGAGGUGGAGGAAGUAGCGACAACUUCCAUCAUAUCUUAGUUUUUGCAGAAGUAAUGCUUUAUAUUCACAGUGCCUCAAACCCAGUGGUUUAUGGGACAAUAAUGAGAGAUUACAGACAGGGUUUCAAGAAAUACUUGCGAAGGCUUUUUUGUUGUUGUCAUAUGCAGUACUAUCAUGUUCAUGGUUGUUCUGUCAAAGGAAAAAUUUCGCCGGCUCAUAGAAUACCAACUGUGAAGGAUAAUUAUUACAUGAAUCCACUUCACUGACUCUCCAAGGAUUACAUUAGACUUGCAUGGUUCACAGGGUAACAAAUCAUAAUUAAAUACCGUCUUGYGGGAAAAUAUUUUACUAGCGUAAGGUAGAGGUGAACUAGAGCAGCAAGAUUCAUAAAUGUGACUGAGAGCCAAGUAUUUCCCCAUGCGUGCCCGAAAAUUCAUUUAAAAACUCUGGUGAAAAAAACCUAUACUUUAAAAGUGAUGGAUAUAAUUUUGCGCGUGUAAGAUCCGCGCUCUAAAAGUCAGCGCGAAUUAAUUACUCUCUUGUAAUUGCUAACACCCGAA